GCAGCAAAACCCAAAAUUGAAUACCUUGUCCUGGUUUAGGCAAAGCAGAAGCCUGAUUCUGCUGCGCCAUGGAGGAAGAAGAUGCCAUGAUUGAUCCACAAAAAAGCCAGCAAGAAAUACAAUUAAAGGUUUUUCCGGCACCAAAAAACCAAUGAGCAACGCAAAUCCAUUGAUUUUGACGCAUAAUUUAUAUACACUCGGCUGGAAUUUUAUAUUUGAGUAGGAGAGGAGUUGUUAUCCGAGUAAGACUAGAAUUAUUAUUGGAUUUUUAUUAAUAAUUACUAUCCCAUCAUUUAUUGCUGAAAAUAUGGGCUUGCGCUAUGCCCAUGGGCUUUUUUUACCCAACUCUUUUUACCGAACCAUUCAUUCAUGACUCCGAACAUUGCCCCAGAUCCAGAGCCAGAGACAUCAGCUCCUUCCACGACAAAUACAGAACAAACUUCCAAUUAUAUCGCGCCACGUGCUAAGCUCGACGUCACGAGGCCCGUUCGAUCAUCCAUCGUGGCAACCUCGUUUGCGGUCACCCGCGAAUCGGGUUUUCUAAAGUCACCCAUGGGCCCGCCUGCACCACUCAUUUUCUCCACGUCAAGCCGCGAUGCACCCGCCAUUCGCAGCCUGCCACGUGUGAUUACCACACUAAUCUGCCGUCCAAUCCUCCACGCUGUCACCAUAAAGAUUUUAACCCAAUCCAAGCGAAGGAAAAGGAAAAAAAACAAUGACUGGAGAUCUGAAAAUGCUCAAAAACCUUCAUGGGUUCUCUUCACCUUAAAACCACACUCCUUGGCUGGAAAAAAAACACCAGUCUCGAGGUCGACUGAGCAUUUUUUUGAUUCGAAGACUCCAGUGAGGGAAAGAAAUCACAACCAGUGAGAGCAUCGAGUAGAUCUCUCCCGACGAUGGGGAAGUGGACAGUCCCUUCCGCCUUGAUUCUCCUCUGCCUCCUCUGCUUAAUCUCAGAUCAAGGACGGAACUUGAGAGCGAAUGCCGAAGGCGAUUCGCAGAGUCCGGCCGAUCCUCCGAAGGUCGAGGAGAAGCUCGGCGCCGUUCCUCAUGGUUCCGCCACGGAUUCCGACGUCGUGAAGAGGGAGUCGGAGUCGAUGAAGAAAACGCUGCGCAGCAGUGCGGAGAAGUUCGAGUUCCAGGCUGAGGUGUCUCGGCUGAUGGAUAUUCUCAUCAAUUCUCUGUAUAGCAACAAGGACAUCUUCCUUAGGGAGUUGAUCUCCAACGCUUCCGAUGCGUUGGACAAGAUCAGAUUCCUUUCUCUUACGGAUAAAGAAGUUCUGGGCGAUGGCGAUACUGCCAAGCUUGAGAUUCAGAUGAAAUUGGACAAGGAUAAGAAGAUUCUUUCUAUCCGUGAUAGAGGUAUUGGUAUGACCAAGGAGGAUUUGAUCAAGAACUUGGGAACCAUAGCCAAGUCUGGAACUUCAGCAUUUGUGGAGAAAAUGCAAACUAGCGGGGACUUGAACCUAAUUGGGCAGUUCGGAGUUGGUUUCUACUCUGUGUAUCUUGUUGCUGACUAUGUCGAAGUCAUUAGCAAACAUAAUGACGACAAACAGUAUGUGUGGGAGUCAAAGGCUGAUGGAGCUUUUGCCAUUUCUGAGGAUACAUGGAAUGAACCACUGGGACGUGGUACUGAGAUUAGACUGCAUCUCAGAGAGGAAGCAGGGGAAUACUUGGAAGAAAGCAAACUGAAAGAUCUUGUGAAGAGAUACUCCGAGUUUAUCAACUUCCCUAUCAAUCUGUGGUCAACUAAGGAGAUUGAUGUGGAGGUCCCUGCUGAUGAGGAUGACUCAACUGAGGAAGAAGACAAACCUGAAGAAGAGGACACCGAGAAGGGAGACGAUGAAGAAUCGGAAGACAAGCCAAAGACAAAGACAGUCAAGGAAACCACUCAAGAGUGGGAGCUCUUGAAUGAUGUUAAAGCCAUAUGGCUGAGGAGUCCAAAAGAUGUCACUGAUGAAGAGUACACCAAGUUCUACCACUCUCUCGCCAAGGAUUUUGGUGAAGAGAAGCCUAUGUCAUGGAGCCAUUUCACCGCAGAAGGUGAUGUUGAAUUCAAAGCGGUCCUCUUUGUUCCUCCGAAGGCUCCUCAUGAUCUCUACGAAAGCUAUUACAACAACAAUAAGUCCAACCUGAAGUUGUAUGUCAGACGUGUCUUCAUCUCAGAUGAAUUUGACGAACUUCUACCCAAGUACUUGAACUUCCUGAAGGGUCUGGUUGAUUCCGACACUUUGCCCCUCAAUGUUUCACGAGAAAUGCUUCAACAACAUAGCAGCUUGAAAACUAUUAAAAAGAAACUCAUCCGUAAGGCUCUUGAUAUGAUCCGAAAACUGUACGAGGAAGAUCCUGAUGAGUCAACCGACAAGGACAAGAAAGAUAUUGAGGAAUCCGGCGACAACGAGAAGAAAGGCCAGUACGCAAGGUUCUGGAAUGAGUUCGGCAAAUCAAUCAAGCUUGGCAUUAUCGAGGAUGCUGCCAACAGGAAUCGCUUGGCCAAGCUUCUUCGAUUCGAAAGUUCGAAGUCGGACGGCAAGCUCACCUCACUCGACCAGUACAUUUCGAGAAUGAAGUCGGGACAGAAGGACAUCUUCUACAUUACCGGAUCAGACAAAGAGCAGCUCGCAAAAUCCCCAUUCCUCGAGAGGCUGAUCAAGAAGGGAUACGAGGUGAUCUACUUCACCGACCCUGUUGACGAGUACCUGAUGCAAUACCUGAUGGACUACGAGGACAGGAAGUUCCAGAACGUGUCCAAGGAAGGAGUGAAAAUCGCCGACUCUGGUGUCAAAGAACUGAAGGAAGCAUUCAAGGAUCUGACCAAGUGGUGGAAGUCUGCCUUGGCAAGCUGGAACGUCGACGACGUGAAGGUCAGCAACCGUCUGGCGGACACACCCUGCGUGGUCGUAACAAACAAGUACGGGUGGAGCGGCAACAUGGAGAGGAUCAUGCACUCUCAGACGCUGUCUGACGCCAGCAAGCAAGGGUACAUGAGAGGGAAGAGGGUGCUUGAGGUCAAUCCGAGGCACCCAAUCGUUAAAGAGCUUCGCGAGAGAGUCGCCAAGGACCCUGAGGAUGAGGGCAUCAAGGCAACAGCUCAGCUGAUGUACCAGACGGCUCUGGUGGAGAGCGGGUUCAUGGUGAGCGAUCCUAAGGAUUUCGCGUCAAGGAUUUAUGGCUCGGUGAAGACGAGUUUGAGCAUUAGUCCAGAUGCUGCAGUGGAAGAGGAGGAAGAGGUGGAGGAAAGCGAGACCAAGGAGGAAGAAGCUGCUUCUGGUGCCACGAAAGGUGAUGAUUUCGAAAUAGAGGCGUCUGAGGUUAAGGAUGAGUUGUAGGGUGGUUUUUAAGCAGUAGUUCAUGAAACCCUUUUCGAUUCCAGUUUUGGAGAUGGUGUAAUGCCGUUGUGUAAGUGAAGAGGCUUUGGUCUUUCCUCGUUAGUUUUGAGGCUUAGGAAAAGGAGCAAAAUGGACUGUAAUCUUUCAUGGUAGAACUUUGUGGAACAUUCUGAAAUCAUGAUGUAUCACGUACUGGAUUUAACCAUCAUCAUGUUUCGUGUAAGAAGGCUUAAUGCGUCUUCUCAACAAUCGUCUAGCAGCUGCUAACUGUGUUCUACGUAGUUAAAACUGAAUUUGAUCUAUCGUGAGGGUUACUAUUUGCUGCUCGUAAAAAAACCUAAAAAAUAAUUUUGCCCUCCAAAUUUUUCUUUAUAUUCUAUUUGCUGAAAUGGUUUUUUAAACAACAUACACACCACCCGACCACCAAUCCCCCUCAAACACCAUAGCCAGAUUCACGGCCACCGGACGGCAGCCUAAGUCGCCGGUCACCGGACCAAUCUCGUCAGCAUAAUUCGCCGGCCACUGGACGGCAGGCGUACCCCAUCGUCGGACCAGCGAAUCAGGUAAACCCCCGUGACUGACCUCCUGGCCUGUAUUUUUUUGCCCGUCCGCUCGCCGGAGGCGGACGGUGAUAGCCGGCAGUGUUUUUUUUUAUUUGAGACAUAUUAUUAAUUCUAGAGCUAAUAAUUUAUAUUUAAUUUAUUGCUUUUAUUUCUAUUUCACAUAGUUAAAUUCAUAUGUAGUUUGAAUUAAGCGAGUGUAUUUUGUUGUAGCGCUAAUUAGUUUCUUACCGUCAAAUUAUCGUUAUUUUUUAGAGUUAAUUAAAUUAUAGCAUUUAGUUUAAUUUUGUAGAGUAAAUUGAAGCACAAUUAGUUUAAUUAAGCAAUUGUGUUUUGUUGUAGCGCUAAUUAGUUUAUUGUGUUUAGAUUUAAUUCGUAGAGCUAAAGAAGUUUAAUAAUUUAUAUUUAAAUAAUUUUCUUAUCGUCAAAUUAUCAUUAUUUUUUAGAGUUAUAAUUAUUGCAUUUAGUUUAAUUUUGUAGAGUCAAUUGAAGCACAAUUAGUUUAAUUAAGCGAUUGUGUUUUGUUGUAGCGCUUAUUAGUUUAUUGUGUUUAGAUUUAAUUCAUAGAGCUAAAGAAGUUUAAUAAUUUAUAUUUAAAUAAUUUUCUUAUCGUCAAAUUAUCAUUAUUUUUUAGAGUUAACUAAAUUAUUGCAUUUAGUUUAAUUUUGUAGAGUCAAUUGAAGCACAAUUAGUUUAAUUAAGUAAUUGUGUUUUAUUGUAGCGGUAAUUAGUUAUUGUGUUUAGAUUUAAUUUGUAGAGCUAAUUUGGUUUAAAAUUUUAUAUUUAAUUAAAUUUCUUAUCGUCA